AUGGUGACGGACGAGGACAAUGCGACGAUAGAGCGCAUGGUGAGCGAGGGCAAAUCGGCCAUGGCCAUUCGCGCCGCCGUGCCUAAUGUGUCGCGCACCAAUGUCUAUCUCAAGAUCGCAAAGUUCAAGAAGCAUGGCACCGUUGGUCGCGUGCAGACGAAGACGCUGGGCAGGCCGCGAGCCAUGAGCGAGGGAGUCGACAAGUUCUUACAAGGCCUGCUCGCCGCCAAACCGGACAUGGAGCUCGACGAGAUGCGCCGCCAUCUGCAGAAGGAACUGCAAUUGACCGUGUCCAUGUCGACCAUCUCACGCGCCAUUGCCCGCGCUGGCAUCGCCACAGGCCAGAGACCUGUCCGUACGCGCGCCUCUGCAUCUACCUCUGCCGCUGCUCCUCGUCGCCGCGCUGCCAACAAGGCCGUUGCCCAGAAAGAAGCACCUGCUCAACCUCUGACACAGCAGCCUCCUCUUGCUCUCCAUAUCUCUCAGCAUGUUCCCAUCGACCAUCUCGGCGAACUUCCUCCCGAUGCCCACCUCCUUGAUCCAUGGCAGGACUUGACUGUCCCUCCAUCUCAGCACCAGCAUCACCAUCCACAGUUGCAGCCACACCACAUGCACGUCCUCGACCCUUCCCUUGCUCCGUCUUACCACAACGUGGGCGUUUAUCACGAUCUAUAUGCAGACCCUGACCCUCACGUCAUGGCUAUGAAUGCCUCUGCUCUGGACGUCUACAGAAGUCCGUAUCCUUCUCUCUGA